UUAUUAUUAUUAGUAGUAGUAGUAGUAGUAGUAGUAGUAGUAGUAUUGGUAGUAGUAGUAGUAGUGGUAGUAGUAUUUCUUUUAUGAAAGAGUAAAAAAAAUAUUCUACAUAAAAACACGGGACUUUUAUUUUGACGCGUAUUAUUAGCUUGCUAAACCGGAAGUUGUAGUAACGUUAAACGGUUUAAGGUCGGCCUGGCUUUUCUUACCGUUUUCAACUUAAAAUUCGGAUUUGGAAAAUAAACAUAUAGUCUUCUGGUGUUGUUUAACUUGAUUUGUUUUGUUUAAAUAAGCCGGCGUGGUGUGUUUAAAGGGACAACACGACUCGGUGCUAUGCUGUCGGAUACAGAUUACGGGGGAACAUCGUCCUGUGGCCGCUCUCGGGGAAAGAAGAGAGGUGUGGAGACCUCAUCUUCAACAUCGUUAUCAUCCUCGUCGGCCAUUGGGGAAAGUCACUCCAUGCGUCCGUCCAGACAGACGCCCAGCGGCAGGGGCAAAAGAAGCAGCAGUGUUUCUACAGCGCAGGCAAAUCCCAAAAAAAAGAUGGCUGACAUCGAGGAAGAAGAGGAGCAGGUGGAGAAGAAGUUCCGGAAGUGCGAGAAGGCAGGAUGCCCGGCUACGUAUCCUGUGUGUUUCGCCAGUGCGUCAGAAAGGUGUGCAAAAAACGGCUACACGUCUCGAUGGUACCACUUAUCGUGUGGCGAGCACUUCUGCAACGAGUGCUUCGACCACUAUUACAGAAGCCAUAAGGACGGUUAUGAGAAAUUCUCCUCCUGGAAGAAGCUGUGGACAGGAAAUGGGAAGAGUGAACCAAGUCUGAAGGCCUUCAUGGCAGAUCAGCAGCUUCCUUACUGGGUGCAGUGUACAAAACCCGACUGCGGGAAAUGGAGGCAGCUCACUAAAGACAUCCAGCUGACGGCUUCUCUGGCUGCAACGUACCGCUGCGGGAUGAAGCUCAACAACGUUAAAAAUGAAGGACCGGAUCAGUGUUCUCAGCCUGAAGACAUGAGAGUGGCUGGAGUGGGAGACAGUUGGUGGUCGUCCAUGUUGAUUCUGCCCCCUUUGCUAAAAGAGAGCCCAGCAAACCCUUUCCUCAUGGCUUAUUACCCCGACUGCGUAGGCAUGAGCCCGUCCAGCUCUCACUGUGAUCUACGGCCUGAGCAACGCCGCAACAUUCAGCCACAGAUCCCAGGUUUGUGCCCAUACUUCCAGCCCUUCUACCAGCCCAACGAGUGUGGUAAAGCCCUGUGUGUUCGUCCAGACAUGAUGGAGCUAGAUGAGCUCUAUGAAUUCCCAGAAUUCUCCAGGGAUCCCACCAUGUACCUCGCCCUACGCAACCUCAUCCUCGCCGCUUGGCAUCGAGACUGCAAGGAGGCUCUGACGCCACAGAAGUGCGCUCCCCACGUCAUCGUCCGUGGUUUGGUGCGAGUGCGCUGUGUGCAGGAGCUGGACAGAGUUCUGCACUUCAUGACCCGCAAAGGUUUAAUCAACACCGGAGCUCUUCUGGCCAGACAGCCUCUCCUCCCAGAGCCGUACCGCGACAAGAAGGUGUUGGUGAUUGGAGCAGGAGCUUCAGGUCUUGCUGCUGCCAGACAGCUGCACAACUUCGGCAUGCAGGUGGUGGUGUUGGAGGCGAGGGAGCGAAUAGGAGGGCGAGUUUGGGACGACACAUCGCUGGGCAUCACCGUGGGUCGAGGUGCACAGAUCGUUAACGGCUGUGUCAAUAAUCCCAUCGCUCUAAUGUGUGAACAGCUGGGAGUGAAGAUGCACAAGCUGGGCGAGAGGUGUGAUCUGAUCCAAGAGGGCGGUCGAGUCACCGACGUUGCCAUAGACAAGCGCAUGGACUUCCACUUCAACGCCAUACUAGACGUGGUCUCCGAGUGGAGGAAGGACAAGUCACAGCACCAGGACGUCCCACUCGGGGAGAAGAUCCAGGAGGUCUAUAAGACGUUCCUGCAGGAGUCAGACAUCCGCUUCAGUGAGCUGGAAGGGAAAGUGCUGCAGUUCCAUCUCAGCAACCUGGAGUAUGCCUGUGCAAGUCCACUGGACCAGGUUUCUGCUCGAUCGUGGGACCAUAACGAGUUCUUCGCUCAGUUCUCAGGGGACCACACACUGCUGACUGCAGGCUAUUCCACUCUGCUGCACAAACUAGCCCAAGGCCUCGACAUCCACCUCAACACUGCGGUGCAGUCUGUGGAUUACUCGGGUGAUGUAGUGAAGGUCAGCACCACCAGCGGAACCCAGUUCACUGCUCAGAAGGUGUUAGUGACGGCUCCUUUAGCUCUUCUGCAGAAGAACGUCAUACAGUUUAACCCUCCACUUCCAGACAGGAAGCUCAAAGCCAUAAACAGCCUGGGGGCCGGAGUUAUCGAGAAGAUUGCACUGCAGUUCCCCUACAGGUUCUGGGACAGUAAGGUGCAGGGAGCGGAUUAUUUUGGUCGCAUUCCCCCGAGUCCGGAGAAGAGGGGCAUGUUCAGUGUGUUUUACGACAUGAGACCAAAGGGAGAGCAGUGUGUGCUGAUGUCGGUGAUCACAGGAGAGGCUCAGGCCAUGGUGAGGGAUCUGGAGGACAAGGAAGUGGUGGAGCUCUGCAUGACCGUCCUCAGGGAACUCUACAAGGAGCAGGAGGUUCCAGACCCGCUAAAGUACUUUGUGACUAGUUGGAGUAAAGACCAGUGGUCUCAGAUGUCCUACAGCUUCGUGAAGACGGGCGGCAGCGGGGAGGCCUAUGACAUCAUCGCCGAAGACGUGCAAGGGAAGAUCUACUUCGCUGGCGAGGCCACAAACCGACACUUUCCUCAGACGGUAACCGGUGCGUAUCUGAGUGGCGUACGAGAGGCGAGUAAGAUCACAGCACUGUGACGCAACCCGAAGGACCGGGACGUUCAAACUGAGCUUCCACGACUCCUCUACAGCAG